UAUUUCACAUUCAACCAUUGAGCAAGGAACUACUACAUACACUGUACUGUUUCCUUUGCCAACAAAAUAAACAAAUAUAAAAAUAUAGUAACAACAUUUGAGAGAAGUUGGCAAGUUUUGGCGGAUGGAGGGUGGAGGGAGUUUUAGGAUUGGAAGUUCUUCGAUAUGGAGGAGUAGUGAUGCUGACGAGAUAUUCUCGAGCUCGUUCCGGCAGGAGGACGACGAGGAAGCUCUCAAGUGGGCGGCAAUUGAGAGACUUCCGACUGUUGUGCGUCUGAGGAAAGGGUUGCUGGCCUCGCCGGACGGUGGAGGAGUUAGUGAGAUUGACAUAAAGAAGCUUGGGUUGCAAGAAAAGAGAGAACUCCUUGAGAGGCUAGUGAGGAUUGCUGAAGAGGAUAAUGAGAAGUUCUUGCUCAAGCUCAGGGAUCGUAUUGAUCGAGUUGGAAUUGAUCUUCCUACAAUAGAGGUCCGAUUUGAGCACAUGAACAUUGAAGCAGAAGUUCAUGUAGGAACCAGAGCUUUGCCCACCUUCACUAACUUCAUGGUCAAUAUAGUUGACGGACUGUUGAACACUCUUCAUGUACUUCCAAGUAGAAGAGAACACAUAAAUAUACUCCAGGAUGUUAGUGGAAUAAUAAAGCCUGCCAGAAUGACAUUGCUUUUGGGCCCACCAAGUUCUGGAAAAACCACACUCCUGUUGGCUCUGGCAGGAAAACUUGAUCCAAAAUUAAAGUUUAAUGGAAAGGUGACCUAUAAUGGACAUGGGAUGAAUGAGUUUGUGCCCCAAAGAACUGCUGCAUAUGUGAGUCAAAAUGAUCUUCAUAUUGGAGAAAUGACUGUCAGAGAGACACUGGCUUUCUCUGCAAGAUGCCAAGGAGUUGGACCUCGUUAUGACCUGCUAGCAGAAUUGUCAAGAAGAGAAAAAGAGGCCAAUAUCAAGCCUGAUCCAGAUAUUGAUGUCUACAUGAAGGCUGUAGCAACUGAAGGGCAGAAAGCAAAUUUCAUUACAGAUUAUGUCCUAAGGAUUCUGGGAUUGGAGGUAUGUGCUGAUACUGUGGUAGGAAAUGCAAUGUUAAGAGGUAUCUCUGGUGGACAAAGGAAACGUGUUACAACAGGGGAGAUGCUGGUAGGACCAGCUAAAGCUCUUUUCAUGGAUGAAAUCUCCACUGGUUUGGAUAGUUCAACAACUUUCCAAAUUGUGAAUUCACUCAAGCAAUAUGUUCACAUUCUCAAGGGAACCGCCGUCAUCUCACUCCUGCAGCCAGCACCAGAGACUUACAAUCUCUUUGAUGACAUUAUUCUACUCUCUGAUAGCCACAUUGUGUACCAAGGUCCCCGUGAAAAUGUGCUCGAGUUUUUCGAAUCGAUGGGGUUUAGAUGUCCUGAGAGGAAAGGUGUGGCAGACUUUUUGCAAGAGGUGACAUCAAGGAAAGAUCAAGAACAAUAUUGGGUUCACAAAGAUCAGCCAUAUAGAUUUGUCACAUCCAAAGAGUUUGCUGAUGCAUUUCAAUCAUUUCAUGUUGGGAGAAGACUUGGUGAUGAACUUAGUACUGAGUUUGACAAGUCUAAGAGCCACCCUGCUGCUUUGACAACCAAAAAAUAUGGAGUUGGAAAAUGGGAACUCCUAAAAGCUUGCUUAGCAAGAGAAUAUUUACUUAUGAAGCGCAAUUCAUUCGUCUACACCUUCAAGCUUUGCCAACUUGCUGUAAUGGCAAUCAUUGCAAUGACAAUCUUCCUCCGAACGGAGAUGCACCGAGAUUCAGUGACGCAUGGAGGUAUAUACACAGGUGCAUUGUUCUACAGUGUUGUGGUGAUUAUGUUCAAUGGUCUGGCUGAGCUUUCUAUGGUAGUUUCAAGGCUUCCUGUUUUCUACAAGCAAAGGGAACAUCUUUUCUUCCCUUCAUGGGCAUUUGCUCUUCCUGCAUGGAUCCUCAAAAUCCCAAUGACUUUUGUGGAAGUUGGAGUCUGGGUCUUCCUAACCUACUAUGUCAUUGGUUUUGAUCCAGAUGUUGGAAGAUUUUUCAGGCAAUACCUUCUUCUUGUACUAGUAAACCAGAUGGCUUCUUCGUUGUUCCGAUUUAUUGCAGCAGUUGGUAGAGAAAUGACAGUGGCUCUAACAUUUGGAUCAUUUGCUUUAGCAAUCCUUUUUGCCAUGAGUGGUUUCGUCUUGUCGAAAGAAAACAUCAAAAAAUGGUGGCUUUGGGGAUUUUGGAUGUCACCUAUGAUGUACGGACAAAAUGGGAUAGCAAACAAUGAGUUCCUGGGGAAGAGAUGGGGACAUGUUCUACCUGGUUCAAAUGAAACUCUAGGAAUUCAAGUUUUGAAGUCGCGCGGAUUUUUUACUCAGUCUUACUGGUAUUGGAUAGCUGUUGGAGCUUUGAUUGGAUACACCUUAAUCUUUAACUUUGGUUACAUUCUUGCUCUCACUUACUUGGAUCCACUUGGGAAGCAUCAGUCUGUAAAAUCAGAAGAAAGUAAAAGCAAUGAAGAAAAUGAUGGUAGUAAAAAAGGAAGUAAUGCUUUGAAGUUCUUGAGACAUAGCUUUUCUCAUCACUCAAAUAGAGUGGUAAACGGAGAGAGUGUAAGUGGAAGCAUUACGCCUCAUAAUAGAAGAGGAAUGGUUCUUCCUUUUGAGCCACAUUCCAUCACCUUUGAUGAAGUAACAUAUGCUGUUGACAUGCCACAGGCAAUGAAGGAUCGCGGCGUUGUUGAGGAUAGGUUGGUUCUUUUGAAGGGUGUUAGUGGAGCUUUUAGGCCAGGUGUUCUCACUGCUCUAAUGGGAGUCACCGGUGCUGGAAAAACAACUCUGAUGGAUGUACUUGCUGGUAGAAAAACUGGAGGUUAUAUUGGAGGGAGCAUCACAGUUUCAGGGUAUCCAAAGAAGCAAGAAACAUUUGCAAGGAUUUCCGGAUACUGCGAGCAAAACGAUAUCCACUCUCCUAAUGUAACUGUAUAUGAAUCCUUGCUCUAUUCAGCAUGGCUUCGAUUGUCCCCAGAUAUUGAUGCUAAAACCAGAAAGAUGUUCAUUGAGGAAGUGAUGGAACUUGUGGAGUUGAAACCACUAAGGCAUGCUUUGGUUGGAUUGCCUGGUAUUAGUGGUUUGUCCACAGAACAACGGAAAAGGUUGACGAUUGCGGUUGAGUUGGUGGCGAAUCCUUCUAUAAUAUUCAUGGAUGAGCCAACUUCAGGGCUGGAUGCAAGAGCUGCUGCAAUUGUUAUGAGAACAGUUAGGAACACAGUAGACACAGGAAGAACUGUUGUCUGUACCAUUCAUCAGCCUAGCAUUGAUAUUUUUGAAUCUUUUGAUGAGCUUCUGCUAAUGAAGCAAGGUGGACAAGAGAUAUAUGUUGGACCACUUGGGCAUCAUUCUUCCACUUUAAUUAACUACUUUGAGGGAAUCCAAGGUGUUAAUAAGAUUAAAGAUGGCUAUAAUCCAGCAACAUGGAUGCUAGAAGUCACAAAUUCAGCUAAAGAACAUGAAUUGGGGAUCGAUUUCUCUGAGGUGUAUAAAAAAUCAGAUUUAUACAGGAGAAACAAAGAACUUAUUAAAGAAUUGAGUACUCCGGCUCCUGGUUCCAAAGACCUUUAUUUUCCUACGCAAUUCUCAAGGUCCUUUUUCACACAAUGCUUGGCUUGCUUGUGGAAACAACAUUGGUCUUACUGGCGCAAUCCGCUGUACACUGCCAUAAGAUUUCUUUACUCAACCGCAGUGGCUUUAGUGCUUGGAAGCAUGUUUUGGGACCUUGGCUCCACAAUUAAAAAGCAACAAGAUCUUUCCAAUGCCAUGGGCUCCAUGUAUGCUGCUGUUCUCCUUAUUGGUAUUAAGAAUGCUAAUGCCGUGCAGCCGGUAGUUGCAGUCGAGAGAACAGUCUUUUAUAGAGAAAGAGCAGCCGGAAUGUAUUCAGCUUUGCCGUAUGCUUUUGCUCAGGUUCUAAUUGAGGUCCCAUAUGUUCUUUCACAGGCAUUGGUGUAUGGCAUUAUAGUUUAUGCAAUGAUUGGUUUUGAGUGGACAGUCACUAAGGUUUUCUGGUACUUAUUCUUCAUGUAUUUCACCUUCUUGUACUUCACUUACUAUGGCAUGAUGUCGGUUGCUAUGACUCCAAAUCAACACAUCUCUACUAUAGUUGCUUCUGCUUUCUACUCAGUGUGGAAUCUCUUCUCAGGAUUCAUAAUCCCAAGACCAAGUAUUCCAAUAUGGUGGAGAUGGUACUAUUGGUUAAAUCCAGUGGCUUGGAGUUUGUAUGGUUUGGUGGCAUCACAAUAUGGAGAUUUGCAGGGAAGCAUUGAAUCCAACGAUGGAAGUAAACCAAAAAUUGAAGACUUUUUGAGACAUUACUUUGGCUUCAGGCAUGAUUUCUUGGGAGUGGUUGCAGCUGUGGUUGUUGGAUUUGGAGCACUUUUUGCAUUCUCAUUUGCUAUAUCAGUUAAGACAUUUAACUUCCAAAGGCGCUAAGGUUAAUGCCAUUCAAGAUUUUGUUAGAGGAUGUUCCACUUAAUUAGUUUGUACGGAAUUGUCCCAUUAUAUAUGUAUAGCUUUAUGUAUUCUUUCUUUCUUUCCUUCUUUUUUAUUAUUUUAUUUGUCAAUACAAAUGUAUACGAGUAUAUCAUAUUAACAUAAAUAGCAAGAAUAACAUUCGAUAUAAUUCAUGAA